UUUUCGCAACGUUACCGCACGCCAGUGGUUCCGCGCGGUACUCGAUCUCCAACGGAACCGCUACGAAUUUACUCAAUUAAAUCGGACAAUUGUUUCGGUGGCUUCGAUCGUCUAUUAAUAAAACGAUGAAGUCACGCCCGACUCUGUCGUCCUAUUUAUCCCGCUGACGAAUCCCGUCGCGUAUGUAUAAUAAACUUUUACGACAAUUUCCCGUACGCAUCCAAAGCCUACCGCGACCUGCGAUACCCAGAUGUGCCGAUAACGCGGUUUUAUCUUUAACGCCGCGAUUUUUUUUUUGGUCAUUGAAUCGUAGUGAGCGACGGGAAACGCACGUGUGUGUUGCUGAGGUCGUACGGAAUGUUGGUGGUGUUGUGGCUCGCGAUCUGGGCAGCGGUACUGCCCGUCGACGGAGUCGAGGUCGACCUCACGUACAUCUUGAAGAGGGAGAAAAGCAAAGUGCGGCCGAGUUGUAUAGCGGAGGGGUUGGAGAGGUACGACGCGGUCGGGUGGGUGUACCCGAUGCCAGCCGACGGUACCGGAAUACCUAAUAUUACCACAAAAUUCGUACCUGCGCUGCACAAUGACUUCAACUGCAAAUUUUCGAAAAACGACUUGUGUAACAUUAGGUGGUCCAUCAAAGAUUGGUACAUAGACGAGAGCUCCCCUAGAACUAGACAGUUUAUUGGCGACUUAAGGUGGGAAGAUUUGCCUACCUUGUUCGUUUCGAAUUCCUCCAAAGAGUUCGAGCACAGAUUUCAUGUCGAAAAGGCCGCCCGAAUCGGAUUUUCCGUCCGGGCUUCCGGAAAAAUCGAAAUUUUUCUGUGCUCAGGCUGGAAUCCUCGCAAUUAUCCGUGUUACUAUUUCGCCGUGACCGAGAGGGAAAUAUUCCUCUACAAAUACAGCACCCUGCCCAAAACCAUAGAGGAGCCGCAUCCGAGCACAAGCCUGGACUCUUUCAAGGCAUUUUCGAAUGUGCUAGCAGACGACGAAUGGCGCAACUUUGAAGUUUCUGUCGACGAAGGGGGCACAGUCAGUCUCGUAGAUAAAAAUCUUAACAGGGCUUUGAUUAAGUACAACGAUUCGGAACCUCUUCAGGCGAUGUACUUUUUGAUGCGAAGCCAGGAACCCAGUCUCUGGAAAAUAAGCGAAAACCAGUUUAUGUAUACAAAAACCGCCCAGAUCUCUCGUAUGGGUCCUCAACUUUUCACCACGUACAAAGAUCUCUGCGUUUCUGUGUUGGUAUCGACGUGUGACCGCUGUGCGCUGACUUUCUUUCGGCUGAACGGCACGAGUAAAAAGAUCCUCAACAGAGUUGCUCCCACGGACGAGCGUUGGAUCGAAAUUAAGCUGAAGGAAGAAAAAAUAGACACCGAAAAGAUUAACAUUUUUGUCCAGACCCAUUUCGACGACGAAAAGUUGGAGCGGGCCGAGGGAUUUUGGGCGAUUGACAACGUGAGAGUAUGCAACGAAAACGAGGUGAAGGUCUCAUUUCUAAAAGUCAACCAGGACUUCGAAGAAGACGACUUGUCGGUGGAUACCAUUUCCUGCCAGAUGGUGAGCAAACCCAAUUGGAGACCGGUGAGGCUUGACUAUGACGAAAUAAAAGAGUUUCCUCCUGUGAAGACCGUAAGUAACCAAUCGACCAUUACAUUGUCCUGGCAGCAGGAAGACCCAGACAAUCUUAUCAGCUACUUUAUAUUUUAUCAGGGCAACGAUAUCUGCCGUUCAUCGGAGACCACCAACUCCGAACGGGUGAAAUCGAGUGGUUUUCUUGUGACGAAGAAUAACCAAUUUACCGUACGCGAUCUCGUACCUUUUACUGCGUAUAAUAUCACCAUUUCAUCGGUAUUGCACGAAAAUGACAGACAAUUGGUGGUGUCGACUAUACAGACAGACGAACCCACGUUCGAAGAGGUACCAUUCAAUAUUAGAGUGCGGCCGCUGGACGCAGCUGUAAACGUCACUUGGGAUAAGCCGGGCUGCGCGUCUACGUAUGGACGAUUGAUUUACAAUUUGGCCGUCGUAGAUCGAUCGAACCGUACGCAGAAAUCGAUCGAGAUGCAGACGGACAACUCUUACCUUAUUAGAGGCUUGGAAGCGUAUACCCCGUACACUCUUACCGUGACGACAGCCAGGAAUGCCAGGAAUUUGGUCAAAGGCGUCCACUUGUACAACGUUUCGGUUAAUUUCACGACACUUCCAGGUGUUGCAGACGAAGUGGUCAAUCUUGAGGUGUACGCUAUCGGCACGAAGGUGGCUUAUCUAAGGUACGACUUACCGGAAAGCGCGAGAGGGGUACCCGAAGAGGUUCAGGUGCGGCGUUGCAACGCUUUGUCUUUUGCAAAAUGCCGCUCUUCUGUGUCGAAGAUCGAGCGGUGUCGUUUAUGGAGGAAAAAGUUUUGCGUCGACGUCAAUUACCUGAUGCCGCAUCAGCAGUACGUGUUCAAAGUGAGCGUCAAAAACGUCGACACGAACGCCUUUGGCAAGGAGGCCGAAAUUAAUGGACACACAGUGGACAGGGUGCCGGGAGCACCCGAAAAUAUAACCUACCGAAUCGUGGAUUGCCACAGUACCACAGAUUACUGUCACUUGAAUAUUAGCUGGUUCCACCCUUCCUACCCAAAUGGUACUAUAACUUCGUUCCAGAUCGUCUUGAAUGGCACAAACUAUAACUAUACGGAUUCGGAGGAGGACGAAGCCAUCCACGAAAUUUACAAAAUUGUCAACGAGACGUAUUUGCCUCAGUAUACGUAUCAGAUAAAAUACGUGCCCUACAGUACCACCUACAACUUGUACAUACGAUCGAGCAACAACAAGUACCGGAGCGCGUAUAGCACCGCGACUGUGAAGACGGCGGACAUCGGCGAUCACAUCGACCAGAGUCCCAAACUUCUCGGUAAAAGCGACAAGGCUCUCGUAUUCAAACUACCCCACUUGGACCGCAGAUUGAAUUCGUACACGGUUACGGUUGCCGUUCAAGACUAUAAUGUCAGCAAGGCCAUAGACCUCGAAACGAUCGCUAAUUCGAAAGUGGCGGACAAUUUGUGUCACAGUUUUGGUGACACGUGGAUUGUUGGAAAUUUGACGAUUGCCAACAACAACAACAAGACGUUAACAAUUUCCGGUGUCGAUGAAGAUCACAAAAUAAAACCUCACACCAAGUACUGCGUAAUCUUCAUUAUUACCAACAAUUAUCGGGAGGAAGAACACGACGUGGUGUACUAUGAGAAGCUCGAAACGCCGGAAGAGCCCGAACCCAAGGAUGACGUGCUCCCCGCGUCAAGCUCUAGUCGUCUAUACUGGCUACUUCUCUUACUGCUGUUGAUACCUAUUGGGUUUGUGAUUUACAGAUACGUACGCCGGAGAAGAAUUACGGCGAGGAAACGGGACGCACUCGAAAACGUUUACGAGUCUUUACCGUUUGAAGAAAAUUUCACCAACAGAACAUACGAUCAGUUAAUUCACAAGUGACCGGUUCGUUCACUACCGUAUCUGUGAUAGAGAAUCUUAAUUUUCUUUGGCAAGCUAAUACUUAUGGAACUGAAAAAUAUAUUGUUUUUUGGAAACCCAGCAAAUGUCUAUAUUAGUGCAUUUUUUAUAAUUUUUGUUUAAUAAUUGUUUUAUGAUAAUAAAAGGUAA